CUUGGACUCAACACCAGUUUCCGAUCAAGCUCUUGAUUGUGUGUACAACAGUCCAGACUGCAUUUUCCUUUUUCGAAAGCUCAGUCUACGAUGGAUGGGGACUUGCCUCGGAAUGAGCCUUUCCCGGCCCCGUCCAAGAGAACGGUUGGAACAGUCAACGGCGUUCCCACCGAGAUUGAGUCCCUCAGUUUCUCAGACAAAAUCAUGAUCACCGUCUCGCAGGGUGGACGACUUGCCCAGUGGAUUCAAGUGCCGCUUUCUGCACCCUCGUCAGCAACAGUGGAUAUGGCCUUGCCAGGGGCCGGUCUGAGCGCUCUUCCCUCGACCCAUCUUACUCCGAAGACUCUCGUUGGCGUCGGCAGCGAAGAACGAGAAACAUUGGGCCAUCUCUAUGCGAGCCAGAUUGCAAGUCAUCUAACUAUGCGCGACCCUGACGAAAAGAGGACACUCCUCCUGGGCUUGGGCCUGGAGAAGGUUGAAGGCGGCAGAGAGGCCUUCUUCGACCUGCUCGACCUGGUCGUGCAGGUCCUCUGAGGAAGUAGCAUCCGUAGUGCAAGGUCGAAUGCUCGGCAAGAACCAGAGGGCUCUCAGUUGUUUGUUCGCUUCUUCCUGCAAUGGGAUUCGUUUCUUUGGAAAUUGUAAACAGGCCGAAGGCGCAUUUGAGCUCGAGAAGAGCUGACGAUGAGUCGCCAGUGAUGAGCUCUGAACAAUGGCAGCCUCGCUGAUAGUGAAAGGGAACUCCACAAGACAUCGGGGAUUACGAGAGCUUUGCGUACCGUAACCCUGUACGCGAGAGGUCCGUGCUCAAGGUUUCCAGCCGCGGCUAAAUCUCGGAUUACCUAAGCAUUCUUUCUGUGCCCACCAAAAUUUACCCAGCCCUAAACUUCCGC